AUGAAAAUGUACGUCGCUCAAUCAAAUGAAAAUGUUACCAAGGCAGGUGUGCCUGAAUUCACCAACGACAAGAAAGUCGUCGUUGGUGAAUUGGUCUUCGGAAAGUUCAACCAAGACCAACAAGCUAUCCUGCGUGAUGACUCAAACGCCGCAAACAACAACUAUGGUGAUACUCUAAUGGACCCUACUAAUGCUAUUCCUACUGAUUUCUUUGGUUCAACUAUCGACCAGCACUUCACCAAUGACAACAAUGACAUUGAUGCCGCUGUGGUCGAUGCUUUUUUCUCUUCAAGUACUGACUCAACUCCAAUGUUCGACUACGAUGAUAACCAACUGGCUGGUAAUACAGUCUCAGGUUCUUCUGACAAUCCAGAAAACUGGACUUCUUUGUUUGACGAUGAUGUCGAGAUUAAGGUUGAGGAUGUCUUCGGCGCUGAUGCCGCUGGUGCUUCUAUUACUCAGUUUGAGCAACAGAAGCCUGAACCGGUCAUCGCCAUCAAGCAAGAAGAAAACUCUAUGGGUCACAACCUGAUCAUCCCUAAGACGUCUUUCUUGCCAACACCCGUGAUUGAAGAUGGCAAGCUUGACUCAUCGAUUAAGAAGGCCAACCGUGUCACCAAGAAAUCUACUGUUGGUUCUCCUGUGUCUCCUUGUCUAUCUUCCGUUAAGAAAGAUGAGAAAGUUGAUCACUUGGGUGUGGUUGUUUACAACCGCAAGAAGAGAUCUCAAGCUUUGACUCCAGUCAUUCCAGAAAGUGACGACCCUGCAUCUUUGAAGCGUGCCAAGAAUACCGAGGCCGCCAGAAGAUCAAGAGCUAGAAAGUUACAAAGAAUGAACCAGCUUGAGACCAAAGUCGAGGAACUAUUAAAGAAAAACAAUGAGCUGGAAAAUGAAGUUAGACGUUUGAGGGGUUUACUAGGUGAGUCUGCUUAA